CUACAUGAAUUUUAUUAGUUAAAAUGCCCCUUCCCUUCCCAGCUCGCAUCAGUCCAAGAAGGGUGAAAUUUCAUAAGUUUGCGGAAAAAAUUUGGGUGAAUCUGAAGUUAAACUAGCUUCAUAAAACAUAACUAUAAUUAAGUAUUUUUCAUGAAAGACAACGAAACUGGGGCUCUUCUGCAAAACAUUCUCCAAAAAUGGCGACAAUUCUGCAACCUCCGAGCUUCAACUCUGUUUCAGUGACCCUCCGCUGUUCUUCCCGCGAAAGGAAGAACAAGAAACAGAAACAACUGCUGCAAAAGCAGUUUCACUGGCAGAAAAGCAGCAGCUCCCGUUUCCCAAAACCAUCCCCAACUCCACUCUUAAUCAACCGCAGACCCUUUACCCAAACCAAGAUCCAAGCACUUGAAGCUGUAGUGAAAGACCUCGAAACCUCUGUCGAAAAUGGCAUAAAUGUCGAUGCUGAACUGUUCUCUUCCCUUUUGGAGACAUGUUUCCACUUAAAAGCUAUUGAUCACGGAAUUCGAAUCCAUAGACUAAUACCCAGAAACGUAUUACUUAAAAACACUGGGGUUUCCUCAAAACUGGUUAGAUUAUAUGCGUUGUAUGGGGAUAUUGAUACUGCCCACCAACUGUUUGAUCAGAUGUCUAAGAGGGAGGAAUCGACUUUUGCAUGGAAUUCUCUUAUCUCAGGGUAUGUGGAACUGGGUCAAUAUGAAGAUGCCUUGGCGCUUUAUUUUCAAAUGGAGGAAGAGGGUGUUGAACCUGAUCGAUUCACGUUCCCUCGAGUAUUGAAAGCUUCUGCGGGAAUGGGGUUGAUUCAAAUAGGGGAGGCGGUGCACCGGAUUGUGGUGCGGAUGGGUUUUGGAAAUGACGCGUUUGUGCUCAAUGCACUUGUUGAUAUGUAUGCAAAAUGUGGUGAUAUUGUCAAGGCUAGAAGGGUUUUUGAUCAUAUUGCUUGUAGGGACUCUGUUUCGUGGAAUUCUAUGUUGACUGCUUAUAUUCGGCAUGGGCUAUUGGUUGAGGCAGUGGAGAUGUUCUGUAGGAUGCUUGAUGAUGGAUUUCUUCCUGAUGCAGUGGCUGUAUCAACAAUCCUUGCUGGUUGUUCAUCCUUGAACAUUGGAGUUCAAAUCCAUGGAUGGGUUAUUAGGCAAGGAAUUGAGUGGAAUUUGUCCAUUGCUAAUGCUUUAAUUAUUGUCUACUCUAAUAAUGGGAAGUUAGAUCAAGCUUGUUGGUUAUUUGAAAAGAUGCCUGAGAGGGAUGUAGUGUCAUGGAAUUCUAUAAUUUCCUGUCACUGUAAAUACCCAGAAGCUCUAGCAUAUUUUGAGCAAAUGGAGAGCAGUAGAAUUUUGCCAGAUAAUAUAACAUUUGUGUCAGUAUUGUCAGCUUGUGCCCAUGUGGGAUUGGUUGAAGACGGGAAGAGAUUAUUUUCUCUGAUGAGAGAGAAGUACAAGAUCAGACCAAUAAUGGAACAUUAUGCGUGUAUGGUAAAUCUUUAUGGAAGAUCAGGCUUUGUUGAUGAGGCUUAUAAUUUCAUAGUGGAGAGAAUGGAGUUUGAGGCUGGUCCAACUGUGUGGGGAGCAUUAUUGUAUGCAUGUUGCCUUCAUGGAAAUAUAGAGAUAGGGGAGAUUGCUGCGCAGAAGCUUUUUGAGCUGGAGCCAGACAAUGAACAUAAUUUUCAGCUCUUAAUUAAGAUUUAUAGCAAGGCAGGUAGGUUAGAGGAUGUUAUGCGAGUGCAAAAAAUGAUGUUGGACAGAGGAUUAUGAGGGCAAGACUGGGACAUCAAGCAUGGCUUAUACCUGAAGGAAAGGGUGGUAAAGCUGCCAUAAGAUGGCACAACUCACUUCUCUGUGGUUAUCAUCUCUGUUCCUUGAUUUAGCGUUUUGGGGAAUAUGAAUCCUAAUUUAUUCCUGAAUCAAAAAUGUGGGGUUCAGGUUAAACUGCAAAGACCUUGCCAUCUUGUCUACAAUGAGGGGUACAGUAGACGGAGGUCAUGGUCUUACAAAGAUGAAAGACCUCUCUUUUUUACCUAGAGCUGAAUUGCAGAUACAAAAUGUGAGAGGAAAAACCUUUUGCCUCGGAAAAUAACACACUUUUUCUUUUUAAGUCCUCUCUCUUUCUCUCUUAUGCAAUUAUUAAAAACCAUAGGUUCCCAUACACUUUGUGGUAAACUUAAACUGACACGGUCACUCAGGAUUUUUUUAUUGAAACAUUAUUAAUGAACUUAGCCAUGUUGC